AUGCGCAUCAGAAUCGCAAUUAUCUUCCGCGGCUUCACCGUCGCGUUGACGGUCAGAGCCAUCCCCGUCUUCUCGAAUACUACUACUACUACUGCUGCUGCUGCUGCUGCUGCUGCUGCUGCUGCUACUUUCCACCUCAGCAACGACACCACUCCACCUACUCCGAACCCGGGUCCCUGCGACUGCCUUGGCGGCAGCAUGUGCGGCACCCUCCACAUUAGCGAUUGCGACUACGCGAUCAACGCGAAGCUCAUCCGCACCGAUGAUAUCAAGUACGGCGCAGAGGGAAGCACUAGCCCCCACCAAGGCGUCUGCCACGGCCUCGGCACCGACUACGGCUGCGGCAUCGUGAUCCAGGGCGGCCGCCACUGCGUCGCGUCCGGCAACCAGAUGUGGUGGGACUACCAAGACAUCCGAGACCAUGGCUGCCACCACUGCGGCCACAAGUACUGGGGCAGUGGAUGCUCGACUGUCGUCGACUAUUUCCCCGUGUGCGACGAGGUUCAUUAG